UUUUUUAUCAUCUAUUGAAUCCUCGUCUAAUCGAGUCAGUGUCCAUCCUUAUCAAUUAUUUUUGUUUGUUCACUAAUCUUAAAUGUUGAUCUCCAGUUGACCAGGAACGUCUCCUCCUAGGAACAAAGAAACUCACACUAACAGCAAUAAGAACGAAGAAAAAUAAAAAAGGAAAUCUUGAAAUUAGCUUUAAUUGCUACCUUGGUUUCAGAAACGUUUAUGUUUUUUUAAUUAAUCUUACCUUUUAGAUCUUACUGACCAACAAAAUCAGCAAACAGUCAAAUUAUUGUGAUAAUAUUUAUUGUUGUUAAUGUUAGCUGUUGAAUUAUCCACCAUUAUCCUGCACUUGAUCCUUCUUUUCCUCCUUUCAACUGGUUAACAAUUAACGUGACUGUUUAAUUUAAUUGUUAAAGGUGAAAGAAAAAAAGAAACAAAAAUAUUCACCAAAUAAAACGUUUAUAUCUUUUGUCAACUUUUGUGUAUCUUACAUCUUAAGUAUCACCAUGUCAACAAUUGGCGCUCAUUUCUACAUAACAAUCGUCGUUUUUUUGGUAAACUGUACUUUCCUUGCCAACUCUGGUCUUCCUAGAAAUGGUCACCAAACUCCAUCUUGGCGAUCUCUUCCAAUAAACAUGAGCCAAUUGGCUGAUAAUGACCUUAACGGAAAGGAAUCUUCUUUAAUCUCAGGUUUACAGCCUCAAGGAGAGCAAAUAGUCAAGAAACAUUUCAUAUCCUCCAAAGUCAACGUUACUUUAUCCUGUGAACCUGAAGAGAUUUUGGUCAAUCUUAAUUUCACUCAACCCUUCAGAGGUGUUGUCCAGUCAGGAGAUAAUAAUACGUCUUGUCGGAUACGUGGUGAUGGAAGACGUGUUUACGUUCUAAGAGUUCCACACAACUCAUGUGGAACCAAACACGUGGUAUCAACUGGAAGCUUCUUCAAUACACUUUUCAUCCGACAUCAUCCAUCACUUGAAAUGGAGGGAGACCAAUUGAAGACCAUUGUUUGUAAAUUUGCCACUGAAUCUGUAUUAAUUGGAUGAUUGUUAAAAUGAUUAGUAUGAUAUUUAACUUACAAGGAUGGCAAAUGUUUCAACAAUAUUUUUGCUCAUCUUGAAUAACUCUUCAAGAGCAAUAAAACAUUGAUCAUAAUUCUGACCAAGAGAAAUUAUUUCAUCUUCUCAUUCACAAAAACAAACAUUAUUCCGAACACCUUGGAUGACACUGCUAAUGACAAAUUAAACCAUUUCCACCCUUCCUUCACCCUCAGGGGCUUUCUUGUAUUCCCUAUUAAUUGAGCACAGAAAAAAAGAAAGGUUGUAUUCCGUAAUCGCAAUUAAAAGAAACACAAGUUUAUUCUCGUCAGAUUAAAAUGGCUAAUUAUAUGUUAA